AUGAUUUCGAGCAUUAUAUCGGACACUAUACAAGGGUCCCUUAAGAUUUCUGACGAUGAUGAUCCUCAUGAUUUUAGGAAACCAAGUGCUAUGGUGGUCACUACACAGACCGCCAUUGCUACAAUACUUGGAUUAUUUGCAUUAUUAUCCUUUUCUAUGCUCCUGAAAAAAUUACCAAGAUUAUAUGCAAGUAGGAAAUAUAAAGAUGAUGGCAGUUUAAAUUUACCCUCGUGGGAUGAAACAAAACUUUUCGGUUGGCUAAUAAACUUAUUCCAAAUUACUGAUAAACACGUAUUAGAAUAUGCUGGACUGGAUGCGUUUGUGUUCUUAUGUUUUUUCAAGAUGUGUAUCAAAUUAUUAGCUACUUAUUGUGUUUUUGCCAUCUUGAUAAUAUCGCCAAUAAGGUAUCAUUUCACAGGCCAAUAUGAUGAUGGAUCUGAUAAUAAUAAUAGUUACCUAGGAAUGACUAAUUCCUUUGUGAAAAGACAUCUUACUAUUAGCCAAGAUAUACCCAUCGAAGCGCCUGAACGGGCAAAUUUAUACCUAUGGAUGUAUGUGAUAUUUACAUAUCUCUUCACAUUCUUGGCUAUUUACAUGCUAAUAUCUCAAACAAAACUUAUAGUUAACACCAGACAGAUUUACUUGGGAAGACAAAACACAUUAACAGAUAGAACUAUAAGAUUGUCUGGUAUCCCCAUUGAAUUACGCGAUAAACAAGCUUUGAAAAAUAGGAUUGAGCAAUUGAAAAUAGGAACAGUGUCGUCAAUUACUAUAUGCCGUGAAUGGGGGCCGUUAAAUAGAUUGUUCCAUUAUAGAAAGAAUGUGUUGAAGGAGUUAGAAUUGAAAUAUGCCGAAUGUCCUUCUAGUCUUCGUAAUCGUAACUAUGAAUCAAAUGUCGAAUAUUAUCCUUUAGGAAGAAAUACUACAGAUCCAUCAAACAUGGCUCCUGACAGCGGAACUACAAAUACGAACACUGCUGUAACCGAUAGGGUAAUAGCUAAUGUUCCUCAAGGAGGAAGAGAAAGACCAGAGGAGGAUAAUGUCUUAUACUCUGAAGUUAGGUUAGGUGAAAGACCGACAAUCAGGACAGGGCUUUUUGGAUUAUUUGGUGAGAAAAUAGAUGCUAUCGAUCAUUUAGAAAAGCAAUUAAAAUUCAUUGAUGAGGAGAUCAUAGAAGCAAGAAAGAAACAUUUUUCUGCUACUCCAACUGCAUUUGUUACAAUGGAUUCUGUUGCCAAUGCACAAAUGGCAGCACAAGCAGUGUUAGACCCUAGAGUACAUUAUUUUAUUACUAGAUUAGCACCUGCACCUCAUGAUAUAAAAUGGGAUAAUGUUUGUUUAUCAAGAAAGGAACGAUUAACGAAGAUUUAUUCAGUGACUGUUUUCAUUGGUAUAUCUAGUAUAUUUUUGAUUAUCCCAGUUUCAUAUUUGGCCACAUUAUUAAACCUGAGAUCCAUUUCUAAGUUUUGGCCAAGUUUGGGUAAAAUAUUAAAGGAACAUCGCUGGGCGGAAAAUAUUGUUACAGGAUUAUUACCUACAUAUCUUUUCACAUUAAUGAAUGUGGGGAUCCCAUAUUUUUAUGAAUAUUUAACAAGUCGUCAAGGGUUAGUUUCAUACAGUGAAGAGGAGAUUUCAUUAGUAUCUAAAAAUUUCUUUUACAUUUUCGUCAAUUUGUUUUUAGUUUUCACUUUAGCAGGGACAGCAUCAAAUUAUUGGGGCUAUUUAAGUGAUACCACCAAGAUUGCAUAUCAAUUGGCAACCUCUGUAAAGGAAAUGUCAUUAUUUUAUGUUGAUUUAAUAAUUUUACAAGGUAUUGGUAUGUUCCCCUUCAAAUUGUUAUUAGCUGGUAGUUUAAUUGGGUUCCCAUUGGUGAAAAUUCAAGCCAAGACACCAAGACAAAGAAAUGAACUUUAUAAUCCACCAAUUUUCAAUUUUGGUCUUCAAUUACCACAGCCAAUAUUAAUAUUAAUUAUAACUUUGUUAUACAGUGUUAUGAGUACAAAACUUUUGGUGUCCAGUUUGGUAUACUUUAUUAUUGGAUUCUAUGUUUAUAAAUAUCAAUUAAUAUACGCCACUGAUCAUUUACCUCAUUCUACGGGGAAAGUAUGGCCACUAAUCUUUAGAAGAGUCAUUGUUGGUAUUUUAUUAUUCCAAUUAACUAUGACAGGUACUUUAGCAGGGUUUGACGGAGGUUGGAUUUUAUCAUCAUGGUUAUUCCCCUUACCAUUUAUUACUUUAAGUUAUCUUUAUGAUUUUGAGAAAAAUUAUUUACCCUUGUCGCAAUAUAUUGCUUUGAGUUCCAUUCGUGAACAUGAAAGGGAUAAUUCUAUGGUUUGCUCUAGUGUUGAAACAGAAUCAUAUGAAUAUCCAUAUUUAAUUGAUGGACUAGAAGGGCCAAUUUUAAGUUAG